CGAGCCAUGAGAGGGUAUCUCGUGGUCAUAUUCCUGAGUGCUGUCUUCCUCUAUUAUGUGCUGCAUUGUAUAUUAUGGGGAACAAAUGUCUAUUGGGUGCCACCUGUGGAAAUGAAGCGGAGAAAUAAGAUCCAGCCUUGUUUAUCAAAGCCAGCUUUUGCCUCUCUCCUGAGGUUUCAUCAGUUUCACCCUUUUCUGUGUGCAGCUGAUUUUAAAAAGAUUGCUUCCUUGUAUGGUAGCGAUAAGUUUGAUUUGCCCUAUGGGAUAAGAACAUCAGCGGAAUAUUUUCGACUUGCUCUUUCAAAACUGCAGAGUUGUGAUCUCUUUGAUGAGUUUGACAAUGAGCCAUGUAAAAAGUGCGUGGUGGUUGGUAAUGGAGGAGUUUUGAAGAAUAAGACAUUAGGAGAAAAAAUCGACUCCUAUGAUGUAAUAAUAAGAAUGAAUGAUGGUCCUGUUGUAGGACAUGAAGAGGAAGUUGGGAGAAGGACGACUUUCCGACUUUUUUAUCCAGAAUCUGUUUUUUCAGAUCCCAAUCACAAUGAUCCUAAUACUACGGCAAUUCUCACUGUUUUUAAGCCACAUGAUUUAAAGUGGCUGUUGGAAUUGUUGAUAGGUGGCAAAAUAAAUACUAAUGAUUUUUGGAAGAAACCAGCUUUAAACCUGAUCUAUAAACCUUUUCAAAUCAGAAUAUUAGAUCCUUUUAUUAUCAGAAUGGCAGCUUAUGAACUGCUUCACUUUCCAAAGGUGUUUCCCAAAAAUCAGAAACCCAAACACCCUACAACAGGAAUUAUUGCCAUCACACUGGCAUUUCUCAUAUGUCAUGAAGUUCACAUAGCUGGUUUUAAAUACAACUUUUCUGACCUCAAGAGUCCUUUGCACUACUAUGGGAAUGCCACCAUGUCUUUGAUGAAUAAGAAUGAAUAUCAUAAUGUGACUGCAGAGCAGUUCUUUUUGAAGGACAUUAUAGAAAAAAACUUUGUAAUCAACCUGACUCAAGAGUGACCCUACAGACUCAGAAGAUGAUGCUUACAGUAUGUUUUAUUUUUAUACGGCAAUUUUUAGUUUAUUUUUAAAUAUGUUGGAUGUACUUGUCAAAUAAUUGUGUAUAUUAAGUCUAUUGCUGCCUGGUGAUUUAUAACCACCAGACUAAUUUCUGUGAAUAUAUUUAAUUUAUAAAAGACAAAAAUGUUUAUCAGCGAAGUAAGUUUUGUGCAUUGUAUUUUGAAAAUAAGCUAGUUUUCUGAGGUGUUUUUAAACCUCUUUUUAUGGUUACUUCAUCGUAGACUUUUAAAGGGAUGUGACUCACUACUAAGUAAGGAGAUUUAGUUUACCACAACAAUUUUGACUGUAACAUGACAUUUUGAGACAUAUAUUUAUUUGGCUAUUGUAAACCUGGCUGGUGGGGAAUUGGCAUGUGAUUGUGCCUUGAUUUGGCAAACUGGAACCAAUUGGCUAUGGAAAUCUCAGUUCAUGCUAGCUUGAUUAAGCUCCCCCCCCUGCAAUUAAUUAAACUGUGUAAUGAGUAAUUUGGUAGAAUGAAGAUGGAGGUUUUUUUCCUUGUCUGUUUUUAAGUUAAAGGAAAUGGGCUAAACAUGAAAUUCUGGAUGAGUAAAUAACUAAAGAAUUCAACUACUAAA